AUGGAUUGCUUGGAGGAAAUUUUCUUAAAUCCAAAUGCGCCGGAAGGUGUAAAUGACGAGUUUGUGUACGAAGAACCCGAUGACGAAUUUGAAUCCCCAGAUGUCCGUGAUGAAUUUGAUUACGAUCACGAUGUUUUUUAUACCAAGGAGGUGUUUGACACACACAUAGAUUUGGUAGACUGGGCUCAAAGAACGGCAAAGGAGCUUGGUUAUGUGUUAGUAACACGAAGAUCAAAUGUCACAAAAGGCGGAGAAGUUAAAAAGGUGGUCCUUAUUUGCAACCGUGGUGGAAAAAAAGAUAAGCGGUCAACCGGGGCACCCAAAGGGAGUACCAAAAUUGACUGUCCAUUCAAAUUGGUAGGCCGUCUGACAAAGGACCAUAGUUGGUGGGUUGAAGUUAUAGAUCACCGACAUAACCAUCCAUCAGCUCGUAAUUUGGAAGGUAUUGCGUACGCAAGACAACUAACCGAUGUUCAAAAAGAAUUUGUGGACGAAAAGGCGUUGCUAGGUUUUGGGCCAAAUAGCAUAAGGGACCAAUUGAAGGAUGCAUUUCCCGGCAUCUUGACCCGUUCACAAGACAUUUCUAACUACCUGCGGCAACACCGGCUAAAGCACGCCCAACAACGAGGGGAAACUCGAAUGCAGGUGAAAUAA